UUAAUUGAUGUAUAAAAUUAAACAUUUUUGCUUUAUGAAUUUAAUUAUUUAGAUUUGAACCUAUUAACAAAAACUGUUCUUCUACUUAUGUAUUUUAGGUUCUUGCUAUCAUCCUGCUUUUGCAUACGUGUUGGUACAAGUGCUUAACAAAUUUUCUCAUUACAGAUGUUUGUACUGUCGAAUUCCAAAAAAGAGGAUUGCCACAUGCUCACAUGUUGAUCUGGUUAAAACAAAAUUAUAAAUGUUAUUCAGCAGUUGAUAUAGAUUCUAUCAUUUCUGCCGAAUUACCGGACAAAACUGUAAAUUAUGAUCUUUAUGAUAUUGUGACUCAAUUUAUGAUCCAUGGUCCAUGUGGACAAAUAAAUCCUCAUUCUCCAUGUAUGCGAGAAGGAAAAUGUUCUAAAUCUUUUCCCAAACAAUAUAAAAGCGAAACAAUUUUUGAAACAAAUGGUUACCCUGUAUACAAACGCCGUGACGAUCCAACAAAAUUUGUGAUAAAAAAUGGAAUGCAAAUUGAUAAUAGUUUUGUAGUACCUUACAAUUCUAAAUUACUACAGAGAUAUAAUGCUCAUAUAAAUGUUGAAUCCUGUUGUCAAUCAAUGCUUAUAAAAUAUCUUUUCAAAUAUAUAAACAAAGGUUCAGAUAGAGCUAGAGUAGUUUUCCAAGAGAACCAACAAGAUGAAAUACUUGCCUAUCUAAAUUGUAGAUACAUAUCUCCAUAUGAAGCUGUUUGGAGGUUGUUUCAAUAUCCUAUUCAUUUUAGAAAACCCUCAGUUGAACGAUUACCAAUACAUUUACCUUUAGAACAAAAUAUUAUUUUCAAUGGUGAUCAAUCGCUUCAAUCAAUUGUUAACCGAAAAAAUGUUGAAUCUACAAUGUUAACAAGUUGGUUUGAAGCUAAUAAAACUUUUCAUGAAGCACGAACAUUAACGUAUGCAGAAUUUCCUUCAAAAUUUGUGUGGGAUUCUCGCACUAAGAUGUGGAAACCUAGAAAAAAAAAAAGGAUCCCUUGGUAGAAUAGCUUAUGUACAUCCUGCAUCUGGUGAAUUAUAUUAUUUAAGAAUGCUUUUGAAUUUGCAAAAAGGGGCUUUUCACUUUAAUGACCUAAAAACUGUUAAUGGUAUUAUAGAACCAUCAUACCAAGCUGCAUGUAAAUCCCUAGGUUUGUUAGGAGAUGAUAAAGAAUGGAUUGAAGCCUUAGCAAAUGCUGUCAACACAGCCACAUGUCCUCAAUUAAGGCAAUUAUUUGUCACAAUCAUUUUAUUUUGUGAUGUAGGAAAUCCUCAAAUCCUUUUUAACACUUAUUGGCAAAAUAUGUCUGAAGACAUUUUAUACAAAUUACGACAAACUUUCGAAAUGCCAAAUCUAAUUGUAUCUGAAUCUGAAUUACAAAAUUCUCUUUUAUUUGAAUUAGAACAGCUUUUCAAUGUAUCUUCCAGCUCUUUAAAAGAGCAUCACCUUCCUAUGCCUGAUGAAUAUAGAAUGUUAGAACUUAGAAAUAAAUUGCUUAGAGAAGAAUUAAAUUACGAUUAUAAUAAUUUAGAAAAAGAACACGCCAUUUUAGUUACACAACUUAACAAAGAUCAAAAAGAUGUAUAUGAUUGUGUUGUAAAAACUGUUGAAGAAAAAAUGCCAGGUCUUUUUUUUGUCCACGGUCAUGGAGGAACAGGGAAAACUUUUUUGUGGCAUACCAUAAUAAGUAAAAUUCGAUCCCAAGGAAAUAUUGUUUUAGCUGUUGCUUCAUCAGGAAUAGCAUCAUUAUUAUUACCAGGUGGUAGAACAGCUCACUCUAGAUUUAAAAUUCCCUUAAUUAUUAACAAUUGCUCAACAUGUCAAAUAAAAAAAGGAACUCAUCUUGCCAAAUUAAUUGAAAAAGCUGCUUUAAUUGUUUGGGACGAAGCUCCUAUGAAUCACAAACAUUGCUUUGAAGCAUUAGAUAAAUCACUUUCAGAUAUUUUAUCACAUUUAAAUCCUUUAGAUAACAAUGUUCCAUUUGGUGGAAAACCUUUAUUAUUAGGUGGUGACUUCAGACAAAUAUUACCAGUUAUUCCAGGAGGAACAAGAGAAGAAAUAAUAGAUGCCUCUCUCAAUAGUUCUUAUUUAUGGCCUUUUUUUAAAAUAUUCCAUUUAAAAGAAAAUAUGAGACUCUCGAAAAAUGGAUUAAACAUUGAAGAAAAACAAAAAAUAAAUGAUUUUGCUACAUGGAUUUUGCGCAUCGGGUUACAUCAAGACAAGACAGAUGCAAUACAAGCUAGCGUCAAAGAGAUCGACUAUGAUUUUGUAGCGACGAAAAUAAAAGCUGGUUCCAUUUAUGAAAUAACACAUUUCCACACUGGUCGCAACAAACCAUCUCACAAAAUUGUACCACACGUUGCACAAUUGUUCUUUAAUGCAAGAACAACUUUCAAAGAACUGCCAACCAUUCAGCCACACAUUCCACGACAUCGAUUUUAUUUGGUUGAUUAUACUCAAUUGUCCACUCGGAUUGACAAAAUUGACAUCCUAACAGAUGUUUUUGGACACAUUACUGCAAUACAACCAUUGGAACAAAAAAUGGUGGGCAAUGAAAGGCUUGAGGAUAAAUGUGAAGUCUGCAUCGAAAAUAUCAGGAAAGAAAAUGUUAGAAUAACCCUGUGGGGAAAUACUGCAAAAACUUUUGAUUCCCAAGCUUUACAACAAUUGACAUCACCAAUAUUCGCAGCUUUUACAAGCCUGAAAGUUAAACAAUUUCAAGGGAAAAUUGUUCUAAACAGUAGUGUCUCCACAUUAAUUUUUAUCAAUCCAGAUAUACAAGAAUUGGCGGCCUACAAAACGAUCUUUAAUGACUCCACACAUGCUAUUAAAAUGAUGCCUUCUUCCGCCGCUCAACUAAUGACACCUCAACAUUUAGAAGCUGCUAAAAAGCUAUCUGUCCAAGAGUUAAAUGUUCUUGAUCCAGAGACACAUAAGCUAUUACGCGUUUUGAUACGCGUAAUGGUUGGUGGUAUAAAGCAUGUCCAUCUUGCUUUAAACAACUUAGAACUGCUGUCCACCGUGAUGAACUUUUGUGCCCAAAACACAAUAAUCAAAUUCCUCUCCCUUGGUUCAAAGUGAGCUUGGUGCUUGAAGAUUCAACUGAUGAAACUAAUGCUAUCAUAAUUGGAAGACCAGCAGAACAACUGUUUAAAAUUUCUUGCAAUGAAUUGGUUGUUCAAAGAGGUUUUACCGACCAACAACAAUUACCAGAUGUGAUUCUGCAAACAAGAGGACAAGUUAAAAUUUUCCAACUUCGAUUUGGAAGCAUGAGAAGUGAUUUCAACAGAAAUGAUCUACUCAUUCAAGCAAUCUUCGAUGACACAAUGCCACUUAUUGAACCAACACCGCAAUCAUCUGACAAAAGUUUGGCUGCACAUGAUACAGAAAACAUUGGCGCCCAAAUGGUUCCACCCAUUACCCCACUUCUCUCAAAGCAAAUUCCAAGUGCAUCUUCCACAAGCUCAGCUGAUGCUUCUAUAACAGAAGUUACCCCAAUUUCAAAAAAAAGAUAC